CUUCCAGUAGGGAGGCGUCCCUUAGACCCUGGGAGGGUUUUUUCCGUUCGCUGCUACGAGGAAACGGGGAGGUGGGGAGGAGAGAAUCCAAUGGUUUUAUGCAAAUGCUUAAUUUGCACCAUCGAGGUUUAAUUUUGUAGAAGUAUGCACCGGGCGCCCUUGUGAAACCACUGGUUCCUGGAGUUGCAUCCUUGUUUUCAGUCCAGGAUCUGGUUUUGCAAGCCAUUCUACACAAUGCUUCCAGAUGCUGGAACAUAUCACUUUCCUUGGGAAAUAAACUCUACUUCAGUACCGGAAGGGAAAGCCCUGAGAACAUAUGGCAGGCUUCACUCUUAUGAUAUGGCCAUUUCCGAAGCCAUCUUAACAGCUCAGCAUGCAUCUGAUCAGCACUGUAUUCGAGUUUGCACAAUGUUUGUAGAACCCUUUCAGGCCCAACUUGGGUCUUUGUAUAUUGUUCUGGGGGAAACCGAAUUCAAGGAUGGUGAGGUUAUUAUAAAGGCUCGUGUAUUUACAUGUGUAGAAGGAAUAAAUCUUCAGUUACUGGAAAAAGCCAUAGAGGAACAGAGAAAAUACUUCCAGGAGAGAAGGAAAGAUCAUGAAGGAAGCAUACGUUAGUGCUAUGCUUCAGCAUAUGUAUAUUUUCGAACACAAAAUUUGCUAUUCUGUAUAUGAUCAGUCAUCUCUUGCCUUUACUCCUGGUGUUGUUGUGGAUUAUAUUGCUUCGUGAAUCCUUAUUUAAAAUUGGUUUGAUACAAUGCAUUAGACUCAAACUGGUCUGUGUAUUAGAUUGUGAAUCUUAUACAUAAUUUUGUUUUGAAACCCAUAUAAACAAUAGAGCUUGCAAAGGGCUAAUAGAAAUCUUUAUUUUGGAAGAUGAUUUUUGGAAAUCGCAGAAGCUUGAUCCUUAAGUUGUUUGGAAGUAAAGAAGUUUCUUAAUAUGCUAAAGAAACCAACGAUUGCUGGCUGACUAAGGGCAUGGUGGCUGGCUAGGGGCAAUAAAAUUUUCAUUUCCCUUUAUACAGUUUCCUUGUUUUCCUGACAAUUGUUGAACACCUUAAUCUUCCAUUUCAAAAUAUAUCAGAAUUGUGAAAAUAAUGCAGCUUUUAAAUAGAGCCUGAAAUAAAACUUAACAUGCUGGCUCUAGAAAGUAAUAAAAGAAACUUUUCCUUUAUUUUUCAAUUUUUAUUAUAGAAUCCUACUAAGAUCUGUAGAUGUGAUCAUUAGGCUUUUGGUAGAUUGUAUCAAUAUGCUAAUGGCAUCCAUUUUAAUAAAUUUUGUCAGGACCAUCAGGAAACUGUGUGUUUGCAGCUAGAAAAAGAAAUUGAAUAAUAUCCAAUUUGUUGGCAAGAUCUGGAUCUUGAAAUCAGUGAUAUGGGUCCUUUAUAUGAGCUGGGCAUUGAUCAUGAGAGAGCAGACCCAUAGUAUGAAGGGUCUUGUCUUGUUUCUAUCUUACAGAGCCCUACAGGGUUAUUGAAUACCUUUCCCCAGCUACAGCUGAUUUUCCAAUUAUGUUUAUUUCUGGACAGAGGUAAUUUGUCCAUAAUAACUCAUGCUCUAAUUAACUCCAAAGUAGAAUUUUAAAUGUGUGCUUUAUGAAGCUGCCCUUAAGAAUGGCUAGGGGACUGGCUUGAUAAGAUCUUAUAAUAUCAGAUUUGUUAGGAGCAACACUGGUUGCCUCUUGGCUAAAUACACACGCCCCAAAUGUCUCACUAUCUAAUUACCUAUCACAUAGGAUGGUUAAAAGAAUUAUUACUCAACAUCUACAUCUGAUUGUUAGUAAUAGUUGAAAUGCAUAGUUUCUUUAACAACAUUUAAGAAAUUAACAGAUGUCUGUUAGUAUCUGGAGUGCACCAAGGCUUUUUUUCCUAUUUAUUUUUUUAUCUUAAAAGUUGAAGCUACCUUAUAUUGUUAAUGUUGUGUGUAUGCUUACUUUUCUGUUAAUUAGUUGGAUGUAAUUAAAUAAAAUAUGAAAAAGUUAUAA